UGUAGUAAAAUACACGGAUGCUCUGUACAGAUAUCUAAUAGAAGGAUAGUUUUCAUGUAAAUAGUGUUGAUUCGGGCUUGGGGUUUAUGCAGCACAGUGCCCAACACCCACACUGUUCAGGAGUCUGUAGUGGGAAGCGUGGCGAGUGAAGGCGAGUUUCUCUCGUCUGUCCCUGCUGGGCUCGUCUGUCCCUGCAGUGAUCGUGCUCGAUGCUGGGCUCGUCUGUCCCUGCAGUGAUCGUGCUCGAUGCUGGGCUCGUCUGUCCCUGCAGUGAUCGUGCUCGAUGCUGGGCUCGUCUGUCCCUGCAGUGAUCGUGCUCGAUGCUGGGCUCGUCUGUCCCUGCAGUGAUCGUGCUCGAUGCUGGGCUCGUCUGUCCCUGCAGUGAUCGUGCUCGAUGCUGGGCUCGUCUGUCCCUGCAGUGAUCGUGCUCGAUGCUGGGCUCGUCUGUCCCUGCAGUGAUCGUGCUCGAUGCUGGGCUCGUCUGUCCCUGCAGUGAUCGUGCUCGAUGCUGGGCUCGUCUGUCCCUGCAGUGAUCGUGCUCGAUGCUGGGCUCGUCUGUCCCUGCAGUGAUCGUGCUCGAUGCUGGGUACGCUCUCGCCAGGCACAGAGCGAUAGAAUCGGAUUUUUAAGCAGGCCGUUGGGGUCGCGUAUAGCACGGCGCCCUAGGCAGCCAGCCCGCCUACAUCACUGUCGUGUGUGUGUGUAAAGGAAGUGACGAUCCGGGACAGUCUUCGUAUCCCCGCGGAAGCGGUUGUCCUGUAGAAACACGUUGUGGAUUGUGGAGGAGGCAAGCGGGGUCUUGCGGAGAAACCGAGUCAACUGGACUGCUUCGUGCGACGCAAACCGACCGUACACACAGACACUCUCGCACUGCAGAGCAGAGAGCGAAACCACGCUCAGCGGACCCCAGUCGUUCUCCGGUUUUUCUCGACCGGGAAAGCAUGGCGGAUUAUCUGAUCAGCGGCGGGACAGGAUAUGUCCCGGAGGACGGGCUUGCGGCCCGGCAGCUUUUCAACUGCGGAGACGGGCUGACAUACAAUGACUUCCUCAUCCUGCCUGGGUACAUCGACUUCACAGCGGAUCACGUGGACCUGACCUCUGCCCUGACGAAACGCAUCACACUGAAGACCCCCCUGGUCUCCUCUCCCAUGGACACAGUGACCGAGUCCAGCAUG